UUUGGCUACUACGAUUACAAUGAAGAAGCUGGAUUCAUCAUAUAUUUGGUGACAUGCAUAAUCAUAUGUUUCAGCCUUCCUUUGACCAUCAUGGCCAUCUAUGAUCUAUAUUCUCUGAUGAAAAAUGGCCAAGUUGCUCCGAUCUACGUCAUCAACCUUCUCAUUUCCGACCUCAUUCAGCUCUGCUGCAUGAUAGUUGAAUUGGCACAGCCUGAGGAGUGGAAGAUAACUGAGGCAUUCGUAUAUAUUUACAUCUAUUGUCUGGUGGCCAGUGUUCUCUUCAUGAUGUGCAUCGCUCUGGAAAGGUAUUUGGUCAUCGCCUGUCCACUUUGGUACCGCUACAGAAGAACCCUCAAGAUCUCUGUCCUGGUCUGUGUCGCGGUCUGGGUCCUUCCUAUUUUCUAUUUCCUUCCGUUCUUUUUCUGGGUUAACUAUAAGGGUAAACGAGCAAUCUUUGCCAUUCUCCUCCUCCUUCCUCUCCCGCUGUUCAUAUUUUUCCUGGGUGGGACCCUCAGAGCCUUGUCCACUUCCAUCUCUGUCCACUCUGAUGAAAAAAGACGAAUUGUAGGAAUGUUGCUUCUGGUGUUGCUUAUUUACACAGUGCUCUUCCUGCCCAGCAUCAUUUGGUCCCUGGUCCCGGGAGCUCGAUAUAAAAAAAUUCUCACCAAUCUGUGUUUAAUGUUUCUGAGGCUGAGUCCUCUUGCAGACUUAGUUCUGUAUGUUUUCAUGAGGAAAAGGACCACUGACAAAAUUCUGGCCUCUGUGUGUUGUUGCACAGUGGACAGCAAGGAUGUCAGCAGUAUAACAGUUUGAAUGAUGACAACAUGUCCACAGUCAGCUUCAUGCAGACAGUCAAACAGGGAGAGAGAAAGG